AAUGAAUCGCUGUUGUUGAAGUCUCAGACCAUGAACUACGUGGGUCAGCUGGCAGAGACGGUGUUUGUGACAGUAAAGGAGCUUUACCGUGGUCUGAAUCCAGCCACGCUUACCGGUGGCAUUGACGUCAUUGUUGUUCGACAGCCUGAUGGAAGUUUCCAGUGUUCACCGUUCCACGUCCGCUUCGGGAAACUCGGCGUCCUGCGCUCCAAAGAGAAAGUGGUGGACAUUGAGAUCAAUGGAGAGCCCGUGAGUCUGCACAUGAAGCUAGGAGAUAACGGAGAGGCGUUUUUCGUGGAGGAGAACGAGGAUUUCGAGACAAGAGUUCCUGCUCAUCUCUGCACUUCUCCGAUCCCCACCGAUGUCCCAGAAGCAUCUGAAGUCACAGAGUCUCAACUAUCUUGCUCCAAUCGGCGUAAAAAGAGGCGCAGAAAGCGUGUGCGUUCAGACACACAUCUGCAUGAAGACGACAGUUCCUCCUCGGAUGAGAAAGAAAGUCUAGAUCCAGACGCCCUCAAGGAGGAGUCACUUCUGGCAGCAAGUAAGUCUAUAUAUUACUCUCUGUCCGAGGAACCCUAUGAGGAAGCGUCUGGAGCUCGAGAGGUUCAUCCUCACUCUGAUGGAGAGUGUUCGUUGAAUGAGAGUGUGUAUUUCAGUCGGCCGUCGUCUCCUAAGAGUGAUUCAGAGUUGUGUAAAGCCCAGGAGUCUUUAGGGCCGCAGAUGCAGUGGAACUGGGGCGCUUUUCCCAAGGUGUGUCCAUCAGAAAGGGUUGAAUCUGAUUCGCUGACUCAUGAGCUGCCCUCCCCUAUCACUCCUUCUGACCACUCCCACUUUCGCACGAUCCACCGGCAAACAUCUGUUGACAUCGACAGCACUGACUCUGCAGUGACUGUGACUGUGGUGAGACCAGAACCGCAGAUUGGUACAGUCAGCCCUGUUUCAUCAGAUGAAGCCGUUUGUUCAUCCAUUAACACACAACUAAAUGUAAAGUUCACGAAUACGCUUCAAUCUCCAGACGACUGUUUUUCUCAGAGCUGGAGUGGACUGGAAAACAAACACAGCCAGGAGAUAAUUGCUGAAAAAGAGAUUGAAACUAUGACUAGCUGUGGUAAUACAGUCAAUGAAAGCAAUAACGAUGCUAGUUUAGAUAGCGUGGCUCAUUUAGAAAACUGUAGUGAGAACAAUAUUGUCCGAACCAUCACUAAGUCAGACGCUCUGGGUCAUAUUUUACCACAGCUGGGUAAAGACUGGACUCAUCAUGGCAUCGCCAAACUAUACCACAAAAUACAUCAGAAUGGUUAUAAGUUCCUGUACUGCUCGGCUCGCGCUAUAGGCAUGGCAGACAUCACUAAGGGUUAUUUACAGUGGGUGAACGACAGAGGAACGGUUCUGCCUAAAGGACCAGUGCUGUUGGCACCCAGCAGCCUGUUCUCCGCGUUACAUAGAGAGGUGAUUGAGAAGAAGCCUGAGGUGUUCAAGAUAGCGUGUCUCACUGAUAUCAGAGAUCUCUUCAGUUCCGUCACUCAGCCUUUCUAUGCUGCCUUCGGAAACAGGACUAAUGAUGCAUAUGCCUAUAAGGAGGUUGGUGUACCUGAGACUCACAUAUUCACCGUCAACCCCAAAGGAGAAUUAAUACGAGAGAAGACCAAAGGAAACAAGUCAUCAUACUCUCACCUGAGUGAGCUGGUGGAUCACUUCUUCCCCCUCAUCUGCAAACACCCGACCACAUCCUUCGACUGUCCCGAGUUCAGUCAUUUCACCUUCUGGCGGGCGCCGCUGCCUCCGUUGGACCUGCAGGAGCUGAUCUAGAGUCAGUGUUUAUCUGCUGUACCUCAGUCAUCUCCAUACUCUCAACAUUUCUAAGGAUUUAACAUAAAGCUGAAGGUGUCUGUGCAUUUACAAUGAAAUCUGAUGCAUUGCUUAAACUGUAAAUCUGCACAGACACAGCUGGAGAAUCUGGAAUUGGAAUAUAACACUACACUGCACUGCAAAUAUGCUUUACUUACAAGAGUUUUGGUCUUAUUUCUAAUCCAAAUAUCUCAAAAUAAUAAGCAUUUAUUAGACAAGUAAAACAUGUAGUCUUGUUUUAAGAAAUAAUAUGCUAAAAUUAAGUGAGUUUUGCAUUGAAACAAGCUAAAUAACCUGCCAACGGGGUAAAUAAAGUAAUCUUGUUAUUAAUUUUGACAUGAUUAUUUCGCCUCCUCAUUGGCAGGUUAUUUAGCUUGUUUUAAGAAAAUCUCACUUAAUUUUAGCAUAUUAUUUCUUAAAACAAGACAAUAUGCUUUACUUCUCUAAUAAAUGCUUCUUGAUUAAAGUAUUUUUAGAUAUUUGGACUAGAAUUGAGGCUAAAUCUAAGCAAGAGAAGCUUUUUUUUGCAGUGUGAGCUUCAGAAAUGCUCAUGUUGCUAUGUUAAAGCCCGUCUGUGCCUUCAGAAUCUGCAAUACUGAGCUUCAUUUCAAUUUCUCUGUCGUAUAAUAGCGGUUUCAGGGGGUUUUAUAUUAUGUAUUUGUAUUUUUUAUAAGUUUAUUUUAAUUAUUACUUUAUUUACUGCACAAAAUGCUUUUCUUACUCACGUUUUUGUCUUGUUUCUAGUCCAAAUAUCCACAAAUUCAUAAACCAAGACGUCUAAAUAAAGAGUUUUCAAUAAAACAAGCUAAAUAAUCUACCAGUAGGUAAAAUAAUCUCAUUUCAAAGCAAAAACUAGAAUGUUUUAUAAUCCUAAAGGCUGAUUAUUUUGCUUGUUUUAAAGAAAAGCUAGACUAAUUUUUACUUAUUAUUUCUGAAAAUAAAACAAUUUUUUUUGCUUGUCUAGAAAAUUCUUCUUGAUUUAAUAUUUUUUAGAUAUUUAUACUGGAAACAAGACCACAACUUCAUGUAAGAAAAGAUUGCAGUGUUCAUUGUGUGAGACUGAAUUUGUUUUGUAAGCUAAUGUUGAAUUGUAUUUAUAUUUAUUUCCAAAACUGAUCUAAAACAAAGACAAUCUGUAAGUAUAUCUGGCUUCCAUUUAUUGUAUAUAAAAAAACACAAACAAUAAAAACAUCUCUGAUUUUUAA